AUGAGCGGGCCUCCCCGGGUCGGUGGUGGUGGCGAUGAUGGCGGUAAACGCAACGGUGGUAACUUAAUGGACAAUCUGUUCUCCACAGAUAACUUACUCGCGCAGACGAGGAAGCAAACGAGCAUGAGAGAUAUGAAACAGAAAUCCUCUUCUCCGUCGUCGUCCCCGAUGAACUCUUCGGCUGCCGACGGAGGAAGAGGAAGAGGAGGAGGCAAGGUUCACAACAACAACAACAACAACAACAACAACAACAACAACAACAACAACAACAAUGGCAACGGUCUCGAUGGUUUCCCUGCUUCUUCGUCCUCGACGAUGCAGGCGGACGAUCUCGACGCGUUCUUUUCGACGCAAACACAAACAGAAACAAAAGAAGCGAGUAAAACGAAAAAUGGUGUUCAUCAAAACGAUAGUUUUUUGGACGAGCUCGCCGCUUUCGCGAGCACUCCGGUACCACCAUCAUCGGCAUCUGCAACGACAAAUAGCUCCGUAGAUGAUUUGUUCGGUAUAAGCAGCGACGCGCAAAGUUCUUCGCCGGUUGGAGCGGCUCGCGGGAAGACGGAGACGACGACAGAGACUCAACCUACGCAUCACGGCGAACCCGUGCUGAGACAUCAAGAAGGAGACAAGGAAAGAGCACGGGAACAACAGAACCAACAUUAUCGAAGUAGCGAAAUGAAGAGAAAUAGUAAUGAUAUCACCACCGAUAGUAAUAGAAAACCAGCGAGGAAUACUGGCGACGAUGGUGUGGACAGAAGUGCAAACUUUGAAAAAAGUGCCGCGACGUUGGCUUCAUCGCCACCGUCGUCUCGCGUGCAGCCGCAACAGCACGCUCCGAAAUUAGCAUCCUCGGUGAACUUGGAUUCUUUGAAAACAGGGAUUGAUUCUGUGGCUGGAUUUUUCAAGGCUGGAAUUCGUCGCGCGGUGGUUCCACAGGUUGUUCAUUUCCCGCGGGCGCCUCUGGAAGACUCUGCGCCAAGUUUGAAACAGGCACCCUCGAAGGAUGGUCGAAGCGAAACACGAGUCGCAUCGAAGCAAAAUGAAACAACAGAGUUCGAUAAAAAAGUUGAUUCGUCGAAGAUUGUAAACGAAGAGAUGAUACUAGCACAAAAGUCCGAGUCUGCAGUGAAAAUAACGGUGAAGGAAACGAAAACAAAAACAACAAACAGUAAAAAUACGGACGAGAGAGAGAAGAACAAUCAGAAGGAGGAGGAGGAGAAGAGUCAAGAUGACCUUCCUUCUUCAGAUAUGGACGCGUUUUUUGGCUCGGCUGGAGCACGCAGCGUUAAUAGUAGCACCUCAAAUAGUCACAUCGACUUAGAGUCGAUGUUCAAUAGUAGUAACGCGCCGAAAUCGAACAGCGCUCCUUCUCCGGUAGCCGAUGACUUUUUCGGAGCGUCAGUUGGUAGUAGUGGCCCAAGUGGUAGCUCGGCGAUAAAGGAUCAAGGCGCGUUUGAAUAUAAUCCCGAAUCAGACGACGAACAAGACGGUGACACGGAGCAGCGCGCGCAAUUGCGAAAGCAGAGACACGAACGCAAUCGUGUUCGGAUUGAGCAGGCGCUCGAAGAGAAACGCGCUCGCGAACGACAAGCCAUGGAGGAAAGAGCAGAACGACAGACGUUGCAAGAUCUCAUAGGAACUGAUAUCGAUGAGUGGGGUAAAAAAUACGGUGGCAAUGUUCGCACGAUGCUCGCAAAUCUCAGCGAAGUUCUUUGGGAAGAUCACGCGUAUAAAGUCCCUUCGAUGAUGGAUUUAAUGGAACCGAUCAAGGUGAAAAAGUCGUAUCACAGAGCCUUAGUCAUCAUCCAUCCCGAUAAAGUCGCUCAAAAAGGAGGCGGCGCUUCACAGCGUUUUAUCGCGGAUAAAGUCUUCGACUUGAUGAAAGACGCUUACAGAGAUUUCGAGCGAAAAGAGAUGUCGUGA